AUGUGGGGGAUAGCAGUGAAAAGAAGAGCAGUAAAAAAGGGGAAGGAACGUGACGAUGGAUCAACGCCUCGUUCUGAUGAAAGAGAUAGGCCGAAGAGAUGACAGAGACCGUGAUAGCAGACGAAGGCGCGACGAUGAUACCGACGACAGGCGAGAGAGCAAGAGUAAAAAAAGAGACCGUUCUCCACCUGAACGAGAAGUGGGACCGCGGCAAGGAAAGGCGACGCAGUCGAGAAAGAGAGACGUAUUCGGAUCGUAGACGUCGAGAAAAAGCAAAAUAUGAACCGGAUUACAGAACCAAAAAGGUAGACAAGGUCCCGUGGCUCGAGAACGUGGACCUGGAUAGUUGUAUCAAUGUCGCUGAAGUUUUGCAACGAGAAGUAGAGGCAUUCACCAAAUGGAUAUCACCGACACCAGUAGAAGACGAGAUCCGUGGCCUUGUUGUGGCACAUAUCAAACAAGCAGUCGCUGCAUCGUUUAGAGACGCCCAAGUUCUUCCCUUCGGAAGCUACGCGACCAAGCUGUAUCUACCCACUGGGGACAUUGACCUCGUUAUUCUCUCCGAUUCCAUGGCAUAUAGCAACAAAGUUGCCGUCCUUCACUCUCUCGCUGCAACCCUGAAACGAGCCAAUAUAACUGACCGAGUUAGCAUCAUCGCCAAGGCGCGCGUCCCUAUUGUCAAAUUCGUCACGAAGCUUGGCAUGUUCCACGUUGAUAUUAGUAUAAAUCAAGGCAACGGUCUAGUCGGCGUAGAUAUCAUCAAUGGCUUCCUACGCGACAUGCAUGGACGGGAUUGCAUGGCACUGCGCGGUCUCGUACUCAUCACGAAGAUGUUCCUUGCACAACGAGGCAUGAACGAAGUGUAUACAGGCGGACUGGGCAGCUACGCCAUCGUCUGUUUGGUUGUCAGCUUCUUGCAGAUGCACCCCAAGAUUCGAAGAGGAGAAAUCGACGUCGACGCCAACAUGGGCGUUUUGGUCAUGGAGUUUUUCGAGUUAUAUGGGUGCUAUUUCAACUUCAAUGAUGUCGGGAUCUCGGUGAGGGACGGUGGGACGUAUUAUAAUAAAAGGCAGAGGGGAUGGUACAAUGAUUCGAAAGGACUGCUCCUGUCCAUUGAAGAUCCUGCCGACCCUUCCAAUGAUAUAUCGACCGGUUCGUUCGCUUUCCAUAAAGUCAAGACAACCUUUGCCGGCGCUUUCAACAUCCUGGCCUCUGCUGCGUACCUAAAGGCUGGCAUCAUCAACUCUCGACGAUCAGGAAACGCGGUGCACUUGCGGGAUAGGUAUGAUCCGGCGGAUCUGAGCGUCUUGUCAGCUAUCCUGAGCAUAACGCAGGAGACUAUAAAUCAUAGAAAAGUGGUACAGGAAGUAUACGAUUCUGGGGAUUUACACAGAAUGGUUGGACAGAAACCACUUCCCCAAGUGUUCUAUGGACGCUCCGAGUCAAACGGAAUCAAGAAUGACGGUGAUUCGUCGAAAAAUAAGCACGAGAUGGACAUGGAACUGGGUACGGACUCGGAACAUGAGAGGGAGAGCAAGAAACGUCGGCGAGAUGAGGACGAGUCUGAUGGAGGGAGAUAUAACAUCGGGAAGGAGCCGCCGAAGAAACGCAGACGCAAGGGAACCUCGGCUGAUUUCCGGGGGCCCUUUACAACAGACGAGGAUAGCCUUGCGGAAGAAGAGGAUGAAUACGCCAGUGACUCCUCGAACCGCCCUGUCGAUAAAGAAUCGAUACGCAAAGCCGAUACCGAGGAACGCAACCGCAAGCAAUCGUAUUGGCUAUCCAAGGGCAUUGGGCCCGGCGAUGUUGAAGACAGUGAUAAUUGAACUACCUCUUGUUACCUUUGUUAGAAUAUUGGAUCCAUGAUACUCCUUAUAGCUGCUUUCUUUGCUCGUUCGUCGUGUUUUGCUUUUGCUUCGUUGUCGACUUGCUCUGUGAUAGAUACUAUCCUAGUCAAAACUUCGUCCACUCUGAGAACAGUCAUUCUAAAAUAGUGAUCAAGAUCAAAUGAUAACAAAAUCUUUUGAAGUGCUUGGGUUAUAUUCCU